AUGUGUGCGGAACAUGGGAACUGGGGGUUCCGUAACCAGGAAGAAGAAGAAGGAACAACAGCUACUGGUGACAAAAAGAGCAGUCCACCCCUCCUCCGUCCUCUUCCCCUCCAAGUUCCUAAUAGAGAACAGAGCCCUGUGGCCCCAGCCGGGGUAAAUAAACAGGCAAGCAUUUGGGGGCCAGCUUCAUUUCGGCGCCGCCCCCAGCGGCCAAGGGCGUCAGCCUCCCUGGACGUCAAAGUUAGCUCAGGUGAACAUACCCCCCCGCCCACCAAUGUUAUUACUACCAAGGGGCGAGGGGAUGUCACCGAGGCAUCAAAACAGCCACCAUCAACCCACGUGACCUACCGCUCUGUCAUGGAAGAGUAUGGCUAUGAAGUAGGCAAGGUGAUUGGUAAUGGCUCUUACGGCACUGUCUAUGAGGCCUACUACACUAAGCAAAAAGUCCAUGUUGCUGUCAAGAUCAUCUCCAAAAAGAAAGCCUCUGAGGACUAUCUUAACAAGUUCCUGCCCCGUGAGAUCCAGGUAAUGAAAAUCUUGCGGCACAAGUACCUAAUCAACUUCUACCAAGCCAUCGAGACCACAUCUCGCGUGUAUAUGAUCCUAGAGCUGGCUCAGGGGGGCGAUGUUCUUGAGUGGAUCCAGCGCUACGGGGCCUGCUCUGAGCCCCUUGCCGGCAAGUGGUUCUCCCAGCUCACCCUGGGCAUCGCUUACCUGCAUAGCAAGGGCAUCGUGCACCGCCCCUGCCUGACCCUCAGGCCUUCUGCUGCUGGUAGGGACCUAAAGCUGGAGAAUCUGUUGCUGGAUAAGCGGGAAAAUGUGAAGAUCUCUGACUUCGGCUUUUCCAAGAUGGUGACAACUAGCGGCAGCCAGACCCAGCAGAACCCUUCCCAACACCUCAUGGGCUGCUUUUCCCACCUCAGCCAGACCUAUUGCGGUAGUUUCGCCUAUGCCUGUCCAGAGAUCUUGCUGGGUUUGCCCUACAACCCUUUCCUCUCUGACACCUGGAGCAUGGGCGUCAUUCUCUACACCCUGGUGGCUGCCCAUCUACCCUUUGAUGACACCAACCUAAAAAAGCUGCUUCGAGAGACCCAGAAGGAGGUCAACUUCCCAGCUAACCGCCCCAUCUCUCAGGAGUGCAAGAACCUGAUUCACAUGAUGCUGCGCCAGGCUGUCAAACGUGCUACCAUCCUGGACAUCCUCAAGGACCCCUGGGUGCUCAAGUUCCAGCCAGAGCAGCCCAUCCAUGAAAUCCAGAUCCUAGAGGUCCUGUGCCUACCACAGAACUCCAACACUACCACCUCACACCCUCCUGAAGUUGCAAGUUGAGCAAGACUGAGGAAGGAGUCAGGAAGAAGGUUAAAAGGAAGAGGGUUAAAAGGCAGGAAGAGAGGGGGGCAGGA